AUAGUUUCACACCCUAACCACCACUACUACUACUACCACCACCACUACCACCAAUAAGAAUCAACAAAACAAAAUUCAAAAAGUACAUCUUAACUUCUUGAUAUGGCCUUCUCUGCAACAAUUCCCACCUGUGAUAAUUCCAUACUUUUCAAGAAAUCCACCUUCAAUGGCCUCAGUCAUCCUAAGCUCCCGAUUCACCACCUCAAGUUUCUUGCUCCUAUGAAAACAUUCACCACCACCCGAGUGGUUUCAAACUCCUCUUCCUCAGUGACGCAACCGCUUGAAACCACCCUAAAAUCUGUCUCCUUCUCACCAAAGAUUCCUCUCCCUGACUUCCCAUUUGAACAAUACAUGGCAAUCAAGGCAAAGAAUGUUAAUAAGGCAAUAGAUGAGGCUAUUCCUUUGCAACAUCCAUUAAAAAUCCACGAAGCGAUGAGAUACUCUCUUCUCGCCGGCGGGAAGCGUGUCCGGCCAGUUUUAUGUAUCGCUGCUUGUGAAUUAGUCGGUGGAGAUGAAGCAACGGCUAUGCCAUCUGCAUGUGCAAUGGAAAUGAUACACACUAUGUCUUUAAUUCAUGACGAUCUUCCUUGCAUGGAUAACGAUGAUCUUAGACGGGGAAAACCUACUAAUCAUAAAAUGUUUGGGGAAGAAACUGCGAUUCUUGCCGGCGAUGCUAUGCUUUCUUUUGCAUUCGAACACGUAGCUAGAGCAACCAAGAACGUCUCAUCUGAUCGAGUGGUUCGAGCCAUAGGUGAGCUGGGAUCGGCUGUUGGGUCAGAAGGACUAGUAGCAGGACAAAUUGUUGAUAUUUGCAGUGAGGGGAAAGAGGUAACUGUUAAAGAUUUGGAGUAUAUUCAUAUUCAUAAAACCGCUAAGCUUUUAGAAGCAGCAGUUGUUUGCGGUGCAAUUGUAGGCGGAGCCGAUGAUGAGAGCAUCGAAAGAGUGAGAAAAUAUGCAAGGUGUAUAGGAUUAUUAUUCCAAGUGAUUGAUGAUAUUUUGGAUGUGACAAAGUCAUCGGAAGAGCUCGGAAAGACUGCCGGAAAAGAUUUGGUAAGUGAUAAAGCAACUUAUCCUAAGCUUCUGGGCAUUGAUGAGGCAAGAAAAUUAGCAGCUAAGUUGGUAGAUGAAGCUAAUCAAGAACUUGCUUAUUUUGAUUCUGCCAGGGCUGCCCCAUUAUACCAUUUUGCUAAUUACAUUGCUAGUAGACAAAAUUAAUCAGUGGGUUAAUCAUAAUUUUAUUGUCUUUCUUGUUGUUUUUCCUAUUUCUUUUUCUUUUUUUUUAAACAACUUUGUUGUUCUUAUAUAUUGUAUAAUUUAACAUUACAUGUAUCAAUGUACUUAUCUGCUGCUUUAAAAAUUUUUCGCGUAUAAUGUAAGUUUUUUA